CACCUGAAGGUAGCUCCAAACCACUGAGACGUCGGAAAGAUACAAGAUGGAAGAAAGCUCGUGGAAACAAAUGCCCGAAAACCUUGAAGAUCCUCCUAACAGUCGGUUGUUCUUGGUAGCCAGUAGGUGUACAACAGAAGAUGAGCUUCGGGAAAGGUUUUCCAAAUUUGGGGAAGUUCAGGGAGUCUGGUUGGUUAAAGACAAACAGACAAAGGAACCUAAAGGCGUCGCUUAUGUGAAAUUUGCGAAGUCUUCCCAGGCAUGCUUGGCCAUGGAGGAAAUGCACGGAAAAAUGCUGUCGGAUGGGUCUAAACCUCUUAAGGUUUUCAUUGCUCAGUCACGCUCGUCAAACAGACACAGAGAUGUAGAGGAUGAAGAGCUGACCAGGAUCUUUGUCAUGAUUCCUAAAACAUAUACCGAAGAGGAUCUCAAAGAAACUUUCAAAGUGUAUGGAGACAUUGAAUAUUGCAUCAUCAUCAAAAACAAGACCACUGGUGAAAGUAAAGGACUCGGCUAUGUGAGAUACUUCAAACCUUCUCAAGCCGCCAUUGCAAUAGAAAAGUGUGACAAAUCUUACAGGGCCAUCCUGGCUGAGCCCCGCACCAAGUCCAACGUCUCUGAAGAUUACUCCGGAGGAGCAUGCAGAAUGGAUUAUUCCAGCACUGCCAACCCCACUGUUGAUCUUGGGAACUACACGGCCAUGGACUUCCGCAGCAGUGAGAUGACCAGCACCCUGAUGAUGUCCUCGCGGGCUGCUCUUUCCCAAGAGCAGGUGUUUUCUCUCUUCGACAUUAUUCCUGGCAUGGAGUUCUGCGAUCUGCAGAGAGACCAGUUUGGAAUUCUCAAAGGUCAUGCGUUGAUUCACUACAAUAAUCUGGGAUCAGCGGUUUAUGCUAAGGAGAAGCUAAAUGGCUUUGAGUAUCCCCCCGGUAACAGACUGCAGGUUUAUUUCCACAACGACGGAGAAAGUCCCAUCAGUCGGAUGUCAAAACAGUGUGUUCAAGCUCAGAUCAUGUCCUGCGGGUGGAACGGAAGCUCCUGCAGCCAAGUGAGGAAACCUAGCUACUCUUCAUUCUCCACAUCGUCUCGGAUUCAGACAGAGGUCAACCUGCCAUCGAUAAAGAAGCUGGCUCCAGCUGACAGCAGGACCAAAGAGCGCUUGUUUGUGGUGUUUAACCCCUCUCCUCUGCCCCACGAUGUGCUGGAGGACGUCUUCUGUCGCUUCGGAUCCCUCAUCGAGGUCUAUCUGGUUUCAGGGAGGAACGUCGGAUAUAUAAAGUACGCCGACAAACAGUGUGCCAACGAGGCCAUGGCAGCGCUGCACGGCGAGGUCGUUAACGGAGUCAGGAUGAAGGUGAUGCUGGCGGAUCCGCCCAGAGAGGAAUCCCACAAACGCCCUCGUACCUACUAGAGCGGAGCGGCGACUGUUGUCCUGACACAAUGACACCAGACCUGACAGACCAGACAUCAAGACCUUCUCGACCUCUGACCCGACCUUUGACACCUGCUUGACUCAUAAGCAGUCUGAACAGCAGCAUGUAUGAUUCUCGUUUAGCAGAUAUUUAGCCUGCUAACACAUUCGUCAGGCUUUAGUGUUGCUUCUUAGAUGUUCCGUUUUCUUUAGAAAGUUUUAAAACAGGAUUUGCUGAAUUGUAAUCGUUUUUUUUUUUCCUUUUUAUCCAAUAAAAGUGAACCGAACACUG